AUGAUGAUGACCUUCAUGUCCGAACGACGAGAAAACCGCCCACUCCGCGGCGAGAGCUGGGCCGAUUUCCACAACACGUACUCGAACCAUGACAAGUCCAAGGUCUUUGGAGUCCAAGCCGCCGCCGAGAGUGGUAUUGUCCAUCGACUAUUGUCCAUCGGCGCCGACAAACAACAGCAGCAACAACAAAAGACGUUGAACAAGCGAAAUUCCAGUGGCAAGCGAUUGUUUCGCAGCAGUGGGUCGCCUCCCAAGGGUAACAUCAAGUUUGGCGUUGUGAGCCAUCGAAGACAGAGUUGUUGA